GCAGAUAUAAUAUAAAAUGUCUAAUGGUUAUGAAGAUCACAUGGCUGAAGAUUGCAGGGAUGAUAUUGGUAGAACAAAUUUAAUUGUGAACUACCUCCCUCAGAACAUGACGCAAGAUGAAUUACGGAGUCUAUUUAGCAGUAUUGGCGAAGUCGAAUCUGCAAAACUUAUUCGGGACAAAGUUGCAGGACACAGCUUAGGCUAUGGCUUUGUAAACUAUGUGACUGCAAAAGAUGCUGAAAGAGCAAUAAACACACUGAAUGGUCUCAGACUCCAGUCAAAAACCAUCAAGGUUUCCUAUGCUCGUCCGAGUUCUGAAGUUAUCAAAGAUGCUAACUUAUACAUUAGUGGACUGCCAAGGUCAAUGACACAGAAAGAUGUUGAAGAUAUGUUCUCCCGUUUUGGGCGCAUCAUCAACUCGCGUGUGCUUGUGGAUCAAACUACAGGUUUGUCCAGAGGGGUCGCAUUUAUCCGGUUUGACAAAAGGUCAGAAGCAGAAGAGGCAAUUACAAAUUUCAAUGGUCACAAACCCCCAGGUUCCUCCGAACCCAUUACAGUGAAGUUUGCAGCCAAUCCUAACCAGAACAAAAAUGUGGCACUGUUAUCGCAGCUGUGUCAUUCACCAGCUAGACGAUUUGGAGGGCCAGUUCAUCACCAGGCGCAAAGAUUCAGGUUCUCUCCUAUGGGUGUAGAUCACAUGAGUGGGCUUUCUGGUGUAAAUGUUCCAGGAAACGCAUCUUCUGGCUGGUGUAUCUUCAUCUACAACCUUGGUCAAGAUGCUGAUGAGGGAAUCCUCUGGCAGAUGUUUGGCCCCUUUGGUGCGGUUACCAAUGUGAAAGUUAUUCGAGAUUUCAACACCAACAAGUGCAAAGGUUUUGGUUUUGUGACCAUGACAAACUAUGAAGAAGCUGCAAUGGCCAUAGCAAGUCUUAAUGGCUACCGCCUGGGGGACAAAAUCUUACAGGUUUCCUUCAAAACCAACAAGUCCCACAAAUAACUUGCUCGUGCUUUUUGUAUGGAAUAGAUAAUUGAGUGACAGAAGUUGAAACAUUUUUGUUAGUGUAAAACUCAUUUUGCGCCAAUUUUCACAAGUGUUUGUCUUAGUCUAAAUGAGAAGUGAAAAAGGUUUUAUAUUCUGGGAUGCAACUGACAUGUUCAAAUGUUUGAAAUCCCACAAUGUUAGACCAAUUUUAAGUUCCUUUAAGUUAUUUCAUUUAAAACAUAUUAAAAAUCCCCUGAAAUCUUACGUAGAUUGCAUUAACUAGACCCUCUGGAUGGUGGUAAAAUUGAAGCAUGCUUUCACUUAUGAGACUAACAUUUGUUCCAUUGAAUGUUGUCUGCAAAAACUGGAAUUUUUUUAAAAAAACUUAUCAGGCUGAAUCCAUUAGUUUUCUUGUUUUUUUUUUUUUUUUUAUGUUGUUGUUUUUGCUCCAUGUUCCCUUGAUCUUCUCCUCUCCCCCAGACUCAGUAGUAUGGAAGAAAAGUUGAGAAAUACUAAUGUUUUGGUUGACAGUAAAAUGCUUUAUCAAUUAAUAUUCAUUGCUACAUAUAGUUGAGGAUUAGGCUUUAUAAAGUCAAGGUCUUGUAAGUAGUAGCAUGCCAGCAUAACUUUUAACACCAUUGAUGAGGUAAGUUGCACACUGAACAGUGGCCAAGUUGUCAAAUUCAAAGGUUUUAGAAAUAAGACUUUUAAAGCCCACUUUGUAAUAGGGAUGGACCAAAGAGUUUCAAAGAAACUCCGGGAAGAUUUCAGAGUCAAAAUGAAACUCCAAAAAAGUGUGAAUAUAUGUUGCUACUUUAUCAAACUGAAUCUCUUCUGUCCAAAUAUGUAAUGCAUGGUGCACUACUUACUGGCACAUUAUAAUGCAGCAAGAUACUUACUCAUUCUCAAAGAUCAUUAUAGUUUGAAUUCCUUUGGUAGUUCUAUUUUGUAAAGAAAAAAAACAGUUAUAAACAUUUGAGCAUUGUAUUUCUCGCAUCCCUUCUAAUGAGUGCUAGAUUUUUCUAUUUUAAUAGGAUUUUGUUUUGACGACUAGCUUAUUGAACACUCAGCAGAAAAGUACUUACUUCUUGCAAGUUAGAUAUUAACAAAAAAAAAACUUUGAUUUGUAGAUUUAAAGAUUAAUCCCCCAAGUUUUCUGCAGACUGCCUUGAAACUUUGAGUUGUUCUGUUUCUGUUAAUUUUCUUUUGCUUUUUUGUGUUUUUUGUUUGUUUUUACUUUUGCAUUUAAGAACAUUAAAUUUGAUUUUGUUUUGC